UUUACUAAACAGCUGUAGAUAAGUGUUUGUUUUUCGUUAGCUUGUUUUACACCUGUUUUGUGUCCGAAAUAUUGAUGAUUAAAUAGCAACUAAUAAACUUAUAGCAGUAAAACAAACCAGACAGUUCAGGAUUAUAAUUAAAACAUUCGGAUUAAAGACAAAACAAAAGGAAAACGUCGCUUCUGAUAAGCACGAAAUUGGCUAAACUUUGGAAUUGGAGCUCAUUCGCCUUUUGGACACUUUAGAGAGCAGAAAUGGAUUUGGACGACAACUCAAGUGGAACCGUAGGCAGCGAUCUUGGCCAGCGUUAUCGACACGCUGGGGAUUUAACUGGCGAGCCACCCACCAGACCCUUCGCAGAGAUAAGCAUUACGGUCCCCUGGGGACAUAUAUCUGGCAAAUGGUAUGGCCCGCAGAACGUCCAACCAAUUCUGGGACUUCAUGGCUGGCAGGACAAUGCGGGUACCUAUGAUCGUCUUAUGCCGCUGCUCUCGCCGGACGUGGCCUUUCUUUCAAUCGACCUUCCUGGUCAUGGACUGUCAUCUCGGCUGCCCGAUGGCUGCUACUACAACUCCGUGGAUAAUCUAUAUGUGAUUCGACUGAUCAUGAAGCAGUACAAGUGGCAGAAGGUGUCCCUGGUGGGCCACUCAAUGUCCUCCAUUAUUUGCUUUGUGUUCGCCGCGGUCUUUCCGGACAAGGUGGAUAUGAUCAUUGGGAUUGAUGCUCUAAAACCGCAUCAGCGUCCGUAUCCCUCUGUUAUAAGAACUAUGGAGACCCGACUCGAUGAGUUCCUGCGCGAGGAUGAGAGGAACCGGAGCAAAAACGAGCCACCAAGUUAUUCUUAUGACGAACUAAUCGAAAGGGUGUACAUUGGCACAUUCCAUUCGGUGAACAAGGAGCACUGCAAGCAUUUGAUGGCCCGCAACAUUGCCAAGUCGGAGAAGUACCCUGACAAGUACUUCUUUUGCCGCGAUCGUCGUCUGAAGUUCUACAACUAUGCCAUUGGGUCCCAGGAACUUUGUGUGGAGAUGGCCAAUCGCAUUACAUGUCCCUACUUGUUUAUCAAGGCCGCCCAGUCCUCAUAUUUCGAGGACAAAAAGUACUACGAUGAGGUGCUCGAUGUGCUGGUAAAGAAGCCCAACUUCGAGUACCUGGAGGUUAAUGGCUCACACCAUGUGCACAUGAACGAUCCAGAGGCCAUUAGCGCACCGGUCAACAACUUUAUCCAGCGCUUCGGACCGGCAGCAGCGGCUGCUGCUCGGCAGAAGGCCAAGGAGGCGAAGGAAAGCAAGCUUUAGAGGGUAUAUACUCUGGUAAAUGGUGCUUAUUUAUUGUUGCACGGAUUGCACAUGUUUUUAUACUUAAUUGUUGAUUAUGUGAUCGCGGCAGAGGACUCGGCUCUGCCAUAAAUACAAAAUGUACAUCUACA